AUGGAAUUUGUACGUCGCAUGGGAGACAUGCAAAUGUCUUCCUCUGCAAUGUCAAGCACUCUGACAAUGGCUUCUACUAUGCUGAUGGCUACCGAUCUGGGGUCUAUGGAAUCUGAUGAUAUGACCUCAAUGCACAUGUUCUUUACCACUCACUACAAAAAUUAUCCCGUCUUAUUUGAAAGUCUCGCAGCAGCAAACGGGGGCCAGGCAUUUGGAAUAUUCUUGUUACUUUUCGUUGUUGGAAUCCUACUUAAAGGGUGUGAGUUUUUGAAGAAUUACUUGGAACAGGUUGUAUGGAAGAAUCCUGUUUACAUCGAAUGUCACCCAGGAGAACAAGUGGUAUCAAAUGAGACCACAAAGAGCGGGGAUUGCUGCGGUACAAAGGAAGGUUUCAGUGAAGGUGAAGAAAGAAGCUAUGGACAAGAAUCCUCUGAAGAAAUUACUCCGAGAAAUAAUUUAAGAAUUGCCUCUAUAAUGGUCAGAAAUGCGAUAAGGCUAGCCUUGUGCAUUAUUCCGGAAUUAUUUGGCUUUGCGUUAAUGUUAGCUACCAUGUCAUUCACCUUGACCUAUUUCUUUGCCGUAGUUCUUGGACUAGGAAUUGGUCGAUUUUCAUUUGAUUUACUAUCUGAUAGAUUAAACUUAAAACCCUUUUCACAGAGCGGAAUGCACUGCUGA